AUGGCAGAAGAAGUGAUCCUUUUAGAUUACUGGCCUAGUCCGUUCGGAACAAGGGCACGAAUCACACUUGCUGAAAAGGGAAUCAGUUACACCCACAAAUUCGAGGAAUUGCCCAAUAAAAGUCCUUUGCUUUUGAAAAUAAACCCGGUUCAUCAUAAGGUGCCAGUUCUUGUUCAUAAUGGUAAACCGGUUUGUGAAUCAGAUAUCAUUAUUCAGUAUAUUGAUGAAUUCUGGAAUCAGAGUUUUCCCUUAUUGCCCUCUGAACCUCACCAGAGAGCUAAGGCUAGGUUCUUGGUUGACUUCAUCAACAAGAAGAAUAAGCCUGAUCUUUCGGAAACAAAGAUAAGAGUCUCAUCUUCGUCAACGAACUGGCCGUUAAAAUUAACGGAGGAACCAUCGGUAAGGCCGUGCUCAAUGGGAUAUUGGGUACUAUGGAGUGGAGAAUCAAGGAAAGAAAAGGGAGAUUUGAGGGAGAAGAUAUCGAAGCCCUGGGAAAUGGUAUCUGUUGUUAAAGAGAAAUAUGAGCUGCAAUUGUAG